GACGUAACCGGGGUAGCCUGACUCAUCCUGUCCCCUUCUCCUUCCACAGGGCAGCAAGGCGAAAACCCCCAACCCUUCCUUCACUGGAGCUCAGCUUCGUGGUUUUUUAUUUAAAAAAAAAAAAUCCCCACCUGCCCCGACACACGCACGCCCCUCUCCCUAAUGUCUUAUAACCGACCAUUCGUACUAAGAAAGUGCCUUCGGGACCCAGCGUUGCCUUGCAGCCAAGCCAAAGCUGGAUUGAAAGAUGCUAAUUUUGGAGAGAGAGAGGGAAAAAAAUCACCUUUUUUCCCCCCCCCCCCCCCCUGCAGCAGCUGGGUUUAGAGGAGGAACCUUUUAGCCUCUCCUGAGCUCAAGUCUUUCAGACGUUUUUAGAACGGAAAAAAAAAGGUGUCCCAAGGGCUUGGAUCAUUUCCUGCCGGGAGCGCUCUUCCUCGCCUGGUUCUGCAGUAACUAUGGCUGGAACGAGAGCGCAGGAAGGGGGAGAAAGCACAGACAAAAACAAAAAUUGAGAGAAUUUGCUGACUUUGACGUUUUGACGCCUCCCGUUUUUCUAAUCUGGGCUAUUUUUAUUUUUGUUUUUUUACAGUGAGAUUUUUUUGAUCUUCAGCUACAGUAAGUUAUUCCAAUUUUUUUUCCGUAUUUUUUUUCCUGCCUUUCCAACUGAUUUCCUUUUUAUCGUUGUUGGUAGUUACUUUAUUGAUAUUAUUGCUACUAUUGAUGGUGGUGAGACUGUGACUGAUGAUGUGUUGCUGAUGGUAGUGAUUUAAAACAAAACAAAAAAAAAUGACUGCUGAAUUUUUAAACCGGAUGACAAAUGGAGUUUUUCUGAGUGGUCCUUAACUGAACUUUGGGUUUUUAACCCCUUGGGGGGGGAGAAACACGACCAGGUUUUGAAAGAAUCGAAUUUUUUUUUAUUGUUUAAAAGUGGAUUGAUCGCGUUAACUCUUUUUUCCCUCCCUCCCCGAAUACCUGGCUGCUGCGAAAGGAACCUGAUUCCUCCAGAGCUUGUUUGAGCGCCUCAGGAAGUCCCUACACUUUUUUUUAUUUUUUUAUUAUUUUUAAUUUUUUAACGUUUUAUUUCUGUGCGAUUUUUCGACUGUUGGCUGCCCAUGUGUCUGUGGUGCUGAUCGCUCCCUAGCAGUGACAGCCCUUCACUCCCCUGCUCAGACCUCCCUCUUCCCAUGAUCCCCCCCCUACAGUUCCCAUCCUGGUCUUUUUCUCUACACUGCCCCCCCCCCUUCCAAACGCCGUCAUGGACACGCAGUCCGGAGCAGCGGCGGGCGGCUGCCAGCGGAGUCUCCCACGGACCAGACACAAACCCGCCUGGGCUUGAUGGACCUCUGUGCUCCAGCUUCCUGCGUGAGCCAUGGCCAGCAACGUCACCAACAAAACGGACCCCCGUUCCCUGAACUCGCGCGUCUUCAUCGGCAACCUCAACACGCUGGUGGUGAAGAAGUCCGACGUGGAGGUCAUCUUCUCCAAGUACGGCAAGAUCGUCGGCUGCUCUGUGCACAAGGGCUUCGCCUUCGUGCAGUAUGUGAACGAGCGCAACGCUCGUGCCGCCGUGGCCGGAGAAGACGGCCGGAUGAUCGCGGGCCAGGUUCUAGGUAAGCUUGGUGACCAUCGGUCUCUUGAUCACAUUUAUCUCUUGCCUCUCUGAGACCUGGAGGAAAAUAUCAACCAGUGCUUAAAAAGAAAAGGCAGGUGCCCUGCUGCAUUCAGAAUGAGGUUCCAUGUGCUGCGCAUAUCCGUGUGAACGGCUGCGUCGUUCCCAUCAUUGGCAAGACGUGCGUAGCUUAUUGUGAAGUGCCAGAGGUCUUUCUUCGCACCAAGCAGCAUCUUUCUCCGUUCAGCAUCAUGACCAAGCUCAUCUAAUCCCCUCCCCCCAGUUACACUCACAAGAGGUUCAUCCGGCAAGCAAACCCGGGUUUAGCCUUUUGAGCAGAAUGGCUAAAGUUUGCCGCCGUGCAGAGAGGCAGCUGGAGUGCUUUUCACCCAGCCAUCGGAAGCCGCUUUGGGUUUCUCUGCUUUGGAGCACAGAGGUGUUCUUGACGAAGGCAGAUAGUGCUGUGGCAGGAGCUUCUUCCAUUGGGCUGUUUAAAUCCCUCCUGCCCUAAAGGCAGUGGCG